AAAACAAGUGACCGAAAGAUCUUGCAGAAUUUAUAUUAUUUUAUUAAUCGUUUAGGAAGUAGACGCAUAAUAUCUUUAGUAUAUUGCAACUUUAAAAUACAGUCCAUUAUAUGACUCUCUAACUUCCAAGUUUGUAAACUGUCCAUAUCUGCAUACAAUUCUCAAAUUUUCCAAUAGAAAAUCUAAACGGAAAUACCAUUUCAAUUUUAUUACUUCAAACAAAUUUUAUGUUCCAUUGAGUUUUGUUUUUCAACGAUUUUUUACAAUCAACUUAACUACUGCAUACAAAAUGAUUGAAAUCCGAUUAGUACAUAAGAUAACAUUCAUUAAAAAAAUGGACCCACUGUUUCAAAUUGUUACAUUUCACAACAACUCGUUAAGAAUGGAAUGAAAAAGAAAAUCAUUCAAAAUCACAAUGCGGUAUAAAACACCUACUUCGCUUACAACUGGAACAAUACUAAGCAGAAUUUUACUUCGUUUACUGAAGUAUCUGGAAGUCCAACAACGAUGAUGGGGUUCAAGUUAAUUCUAAUCAUGUGUUUUUUUAUACUUGCAACUGAUGUAAACGGUUUCCUAUUUAAGAAAGCUAGGUUAUUGGGUGAAGAUGAGGCGAAAGAGUUAAUGUUAUCAGGAGAAGGUGGGACCGCUAUCGUUGAUGUCGGCUUAGGAGAUAUGUUAAUAGUAAUGAGUGGAAAAAUGUACACAUGUCGUGAUUUACAAAUAAUAGGAAGUGCUGUAAAAUGUCCCAGCGGUUACGAUAAAUUCGAGUUCAAAAAUACCAAAGAUAUGUGUUUCGCAUUGCGAUACGCUGUCAACGAUGAUAUAGGGAUUAGAAAUUAUUGUCUCUCCCCGAAUUACGAAACAGUCGAUUUCAAAAUAGAAAACGGCCGGUACUUGUGCAAAUCGAGUUCGAGAAGUUUAAACGCAACAAUCAUCACCGAAGACAUUUUUUAUCGCGUGUGCAGAAGACGAAUUUCGGAUCCAAUCAAAGUCCACUUCUUUGCAAAAGAUAGAGAUACAAUGCCUGCUGCAGAUAACGUCGAAUGCAGUCAUUACACGUGCGAAUUUAUGACUUAUAGAAGAUCAAAUAGGAGUUUUCCAGGUGCUAUGAUUCCAAUGAGUGGCAACUUACAACCGGGACCACCUAUCGUACCUCAAAGUUAUCCUGGUUAUCUACCAAGUGGUUAUAUACCAAAUAAUAGAUAUCCUCCUGUGUACCACGAUCAAUCAGCUGGUGGAUAUCAUAAUGAUAAUGCACCAGUUCAAAUGGAUACUCAAGGAUCGUUAGUUUUAAAUCAAGCUUCUGAUGCUGUACAAGAUGAUGCAGACGCGUUGAAAGCAGCCAAACAGAAUAAUCAAUAAACGAACAGAAAUGUUUUAAAUAUUUGAAAUGUUAAUCUCAUAUUAAAUAAAGCACCUUAAAAGUA